CUCCGUAUUCCUCCUUCUGGUACACCGAACCCUUCCCUUCCAACUCCCUCCACCCGCUCCACCCGAAGAGGCCAAAAACCAUGGGCAAGACAUUCCAAAAGAUCCACGCCUGCUCGGCAGGCAAAUUCCCCAAAGACGGAGACAAAAUCCCGCAAUGGAUUCGCGCCAACGGAGGCGAAUACCAUUCGACUAUCGCCCCGCAAGUAACUCAUCUCAUCACGACUCUCGAGGCGUAUAAGAAAAACAUCACGCCAGUCCGCGAAGCCAAGGCGCUGAAAAACAUCAAGAUCGUGACGUUCGACUGGCUGGAGGACUCAUUGCUCGCCAAGGACAGAAAGCCAAAGCGGGUGACUGAAUACCUCCUCGAAACGGUAGUGAAGGAGGAGAAGAAACGGAAGAAGAAACCAGCUCGAGGGGCUUCUCGGGCCAUAAAGUCGGUGGAUGCUGCGGGCACAACGAGGAAGGCUGGUGCUGCGAAGAAGCCCGCAGGUACGCCCUCAUCCCCCCUCGCGAGUCGUCAUCUUGUUCCAGAAGCCUCUAAUGGCGAGACCAAGUAUUGCAUCUACGUGGGCGAGAAAACUGGGAUCAAGUAUGAUAUCCCUCUGGUGCGGUUUAUGGCCUCGAGAAGGUCGAGGGAGAAGAUUCGUCUUAAGGUAUACGAAUCCAAGGCCGAGCCACACGUUUACGCUGCGUACAUGGAAUACAGUCGCAGCGGAGCAGCUUGUGCCCAGAUUUUGACGCCUCUGGGGACGAGUUUGAAGACGGCCGUGGAUGCAUUUGAGGCCAAGUUCAAGAGUAAGACCGGGAUAGCCUGGGCUGAUAGGUCGAACGGGGUUGCGCCGCCUCCGAAGGUGGACAAGGAAGGCAAUCCGCUGCCUGCGCAUCAGGGGUGGUAUUUCUUUGAAGACGGCCAGAGCAUAUUAUCCCAGUACUUGCAGUCUUCUACUGCUGUCGAAGAUCAGGGGCCUGAAUUCGAAACAGCUGGUGGGGGCCAUUUUGGAUUGAUGGAAGAAAUGCAUUGCUCUGGGCGCUGAAAUCGAGCAGAAGAUGAGUGCUGCAGGCAUUGACCUCAGCCUGAAUACCACUCGUGGGCUUACUCCCGGCUUGGACAGCUCAGUUCUAGGUGAUUGUGAGAUGCAACAGGAAAAGCGGUGCGCUGGGCUUAAAUUGCAGAAUGGGUGAUCAUUUCGGAAUUGGCCCUAAGAAAGGCACCCAUGUAAAUAUAUAUGCUGCAGGAUCCCCACCAGAGGGCGCGGGCAGUGAGCGCUUUACACUGGGCCAAAAAAGAAAAAAAGAAGAUGAAGAUGAUUUAUGUUCUUUCAGAUGGGUAUACAAAUAGCGACGUAAAAUGCCAACGGUGCGAACACACGACCAGGAAGCUCCUUCUAACACCUCUUGCGCCAAAUCAAACUUUUCCUGUAGCCUUUUGCGCUUGACAGCGAAAUGCCAGC